AUGAAAAAUAGUACUGGCUUCUAUAAAUUACCAUCUGUUGCAAUUUAUGAUGAAUAUAGUAAUAUCAAUAUUAAUAUAGAAAAUUAUGAAAUAUAUAAUAAAUUAAAUAAUAUUUAUAAAAAUCAAAAUUACGUUAUUAAUCUAUGGAAGAAACUUGUAAACAAUUUAAAUAUUAUUAAUAAUAGAAUAAGCGAAGAUCACUCUUUUUCUAAUGACUGCAAAUAUUUACAUUAUUGGUUAAAUGAUCAAAUUAUUAAAACAUUGGACGUUACUGAUAAUGAUAAAUAUUAUGGUUUUGUUAUUAAAUUCUAUUCAGCUUGGUUUGAUAUUUACAAAUUUAUUUCUUCCAGCACAUAUAAGUGUGAACCUGAUAGUGGACCUCUAAUUAUGCUUAAUAGAGAAGAUUUCAGAAUUAGAAAAGAAAUGUACGAUUAUUACUAUAAUUUUACUAAGCUUAGUAAUAAUGAAGGGCCUAAUUUAAAUGAGUGUAGUGAAACCUGUAAAUACUUAAGUUCUAUGAUUAGUAAGUAUAAUGAUUUUAAAUCUAUAUGCUCAGUGGAAAAAAGCAACUUAUGCAUAUCUGAAUUUAAAGAUUAUGAAUCCUAUAAUCCAUAUAAACUAAUUUCUAAAUUAAAUUGUAAAGAACAAGCAAAAUGUAACAUAUCACAUAAAUCAAGGGUGCAUAGUGUAGAAUUAGCAGAAGAAGUUAUAUCUGGUAUUGUAGAUGUUGCAAAAAUUGAAAAAGAGAUUUAUACCAAUACUCUUGGUAGACAUCGUAUUAUUAUUCUCAUAACUUGUGUACCUUUUGUUGCUUUAUUUCUACUUUUUCUGCUCACUCGAGGGAUAUAUCUUCUUAAAUCAUGGAUAAAUAAGCUAAAUUUAAUAAAAAGGAAAAUUUUCAGUAAACAAAAUGAUGAAAAAUGUGGAUAUAAUUUAGCAUAUCCUUACGAUAUUGAAGGUAUAAAUGAUAGAUAUAUAAUGUAUCAUACAUCUUAA